CUAGUGUUUAGCCCUCUCACAGCGAUUGUCCUUUCUCGGACACUGUAGUUGAAAGCGCCUGCGUGUUGAGGCCGGUGGAGCGGGCAAAGAUGGCGGCUCUCGGUGCCCGCUUAGUGACAGCAGUGACCCGCAGCUCCCUGUUGGGGGCUGGUAACAAGGCUGGGGCCAGCUCCGUGUUGUGUAAUGUCGGUUUAAGACAUGGUGAGUGGAGCGUUGCAUGCUGGGAACGGAUAUAUCUCUUGGACCUUUAAGUAACCGCUUCAGAACAUGGAAUGUCACCUUCACAUGAAAGGCAUCAUACAGCCCAUAUGAUCUGCAGGGACCUGUGCUGUUAUUAGAAGUGAUUCUGCAGACAAUGGGGGAUGACCUCUCAUACCAAGCUCAGUUAUUGUGACACUUGCAUUCUGUUACCAGCUAGCAUGCUACAAUUCUCUCUGACAAAACUUUUUAUAUCAUGUACCAGGCCAAAUGUGACAUUCUAUGACCUAUUAGAGCUUGAUAGACUAAAUGUGGAAGGGUUAUAACAGCAAGUCUUCAUAUUCAGGUAGUGAGGUUUAUGAUAACUUAUCUGGAAAGCAGAAUACAAAUACAUCUCUUAAAGGAUCACUCUAGGCACCCAGACCACUUCAGCUUAAUGAAGUGGUCUGGGUGCCAGGUCCCUCUAGGAUGAACCCUUUUCUUUAUAAACAUAGCAGUUUCAGAGAAACUGCUAUGUUUAUAAUAGGGUUAAUCCAGUCUCUAAAGUCUCUAGUGGCUUGUCUCAUUGACAGCUGCUAGAGGCGUUUGCAUGCUUCUCACUGUGAAAAUCACAGUGAGAAGAUGCCAGCGUCCAUAGGAAAGCAUUAUGAAUGCUUUCCUAUGAGACUGGCUGAAUGUGCGUGCAGCUCCUGCCGCGCAUGCACAUUCAGCCGAAGAGGAGGAGGAGAGCUCCCCGUCUGGCGCUGGGAAAAAAAGUAAGAUUUAACCCUUUCCUCGCCGUCCAGCCCGGUGGGAGUGGGAUCCUGAGGGUGGGGGCACCCUCAGGGCACUAUAGUGCCAGGCAAACGAGUAUGUUUUCCUGGCACUAUAGUGGUCCUUUAAGUGAUGCUGCAUGUGUGGAAAUCUGCGUUAUGUGAUAUAACUUCCAGUUAUAUUGUCAUUAUUCUAUUCUAAUGCAGUUUUCUUAAACAUUUUGAUAUGUCUCUGUCUCAAACUUGAACCUUGCUUUCUUCUUUAAUUUGAAAACAUUCUGUUCCAUUCUGAAAUAUACAGGGUUAUUUACUAAAGUGAAAAUUCAAAGAGAAAUUUAAAUUGGUUGACAGGAAAGCUGACUUAGAGAUUUUUUCUAGUUUGGCUAUUGAAUGCAUCUGUAUUAGGAGAUGUUGAUUGCCCAGGGUGGCAUUUGGCUUUGCCCCCUCCAUUGAUUCUGAUUAUGUCGGCCAAUGAGGCGGAUUGGGGGGGGUUCCAGACGCGAGCAGCCCUGCGCAGCACUGGAAAAAGGUGAGUAAAUCACCUUGCUGACCUGUGGUAAGGAGGGCAGACCAUCUAAACGGUGGUUUUAGACCUUUAGUGUCAGGAAUACACGUUUGUGUUCCAGACACUAUAGUGCCCCUUUAAAGGGACACUAUAGUCGCCUGAACAACUUCAGCUUAAUGGGGUUGUUCAGGUGAGUACAAUACUUCCCUUCAGCCCUUUUCAUGUCAACACUGUAUUUUCUGGAAAAUACAGUGUUUACUUUGGAAGCUAGGAACACCACCAGUGGCAGUCACUCAGACGACCACUAGAGGGACUUCUAAGUAAACUGCUGCCUAAUUCGCAUUCAUCACAUUUGACAUCUUCACGCUUGGCUGAAGACAUCAAACGUGCUAACAGGACACAGGAGGUACUAUGAAUGCGCCUCCUGUGUCCUGUAGUAUCCGGGAGCCUGUGAGCAAUCAGAGCCGACAGUGUGGGAGAUAAGGACCGUAGGCUCGGGCUGACCGGCUGAAGGCAGGAGGAUCUGACUUCAAACAGUAAACUUAUUUUAGAGCGUGAGGAUAUAGAGAUAGAUGGAUAGAGUGUAUGUUUCACCCAUUAAGGCGGCGUGCGUGCUAUGCAGUACCUGGGGACCCAUCUCUAAACGCCGGCAGGCCACAUAGCACAUCCAUGUCAUCCUAUGCACUUACCUGCUCACCGGCGAUCGCGAUGGGGGGACUUACCUGGCAUCCCAGGGAGUCCCCCUGCAUCUGAUCCGGCCCUCCUGGGCCAUGUGAUCGCGAGGUCCUUGCGAGGACUUCACGAUCACAUGGACGGAAUAACCGUUCAUAGCACUGCCAGCAGGGGGAAUGCAUGAAAUAAAGUUAAAACACAGAUUAAAAUUAAAUAAUAUAUACUUAGGAUAUACAUACAUACAUACAUACAUACAUACAUACACACACACACACACACACACACACACACACACACACACACACUGUCUAAGUGUAUUUUAAUAUAUAUAUUGAUAUCAAAAUACACUUAGAACAACCCAAGGUAUUGCAAAUGGGGUAUGUCCAGUCUUUUAUAGUAGCCACUUAGUCACAAACACUGGCCAUAAUUGGCUUUCAAAUUAGUUUUUUGCAUUUUUCAUACACAAACAAAUGUGAACGCUAACUUUGGCCAGUGUUUGUGACUAAGUGGCUACUAAGAAAGACUGGACAUACCCCAUUUGCAAUACCUUGGGUUGUCUACUUUCGCAAAUGGUAUGCCAUCAUGGGGGUAAUUCUCAUUCCUAGGCUACCAUACGGUCUCAAAGGCAAUGUAACCAAUCUGGCGAAUUUAAAUGUGAAAAAAAUGAAAAAUUUAACAUGCCAUAUUUGACCCUGUAACUUCCCAAAACACCAUAAAACCUUUACAUAGGGCGUACUGUUUUACACUGGAGACAUCGCUGAAUAGAAAUAUGUGUAUUUUAUUGCAGUAAAAGCAAACAGCAUUAUGACAUUCACAGUUAAAAUGUCAUGCAGAACUAAAAAUAUUAACCAAAUUUCUUAAAGGACCAGUAUAGUGCCAGGUAAACAUACUAGUUUUCCUGGCACUAUAGUGCCCUUAGGGUGCUCCCACCCUCAGGGUCACACUCCCGUGGCGCUGAAGGGGGAGGAAGGGGUUAAUCCCUUACCCUUUUCCCACGGAGCUGGGACUCUCCUCCCUCUUCUUCCGCCAUCGGCUGAAUGCGCGCGCCUUCAGCCCGUCUCAUAGGAAAGCAUCACAGUGAGAAGCGCGGAAGUCUCUGAAACUGCUGUGUUUACUGCAAAAAGGAUUAAACCUAGCUGGACCUGGCACCCAGACCACUUCAUUAGGCUGAAGUGGUCUGGGUGCCUAUAGUGGUCCUUUAAUUUCUCAAUUAUUUUUUUUUAAUAUAUUUUAUUCAUAUUAAAUUAUGUUUAAUAGCUAAAUAUGAAGCCCUGUUUCUCCUAAGUAAAAUGUUAUAUAAUAAGUGUGGGUGCACUUAAUAUGAAAGAGGUGAAUUAUGGUUGAACGGAAAUAUAGUCAAAUUCCAAGUUUUGUUCACGUUUUAUUUUGAUCAAAAUGUGUACAUUUGGUUCAGUCCUUAAGGGGUUAACAAUAUUUAUUUACAAUGUAUGUGUUUGUAUACAAACAUCAUAUAUAGAGAUAUCUGUUUAUAUAGUGGAUAGAGAGAAAGAUAGGGAGUGUGUGUCAGGUUGCCACUGAUGAAUGGGGGGUAACACCUGUAGGAAACAUAAAUACAAAAGUGAACAAAAAAGGUUAGGUCAUAGGUCUAGAUCUAACCUUUAGUUUGGAGCAUCCCUUAUGGACUAAUGUCUAUUAAAACUUAACUAAACAUGCUUAGUAGAAGGGGAGAAGGGAUUUUAGCGCUAGAAAGUACUAGCUAAAGUAGUUAUAGUACCUCUCUCGGAAGAGCAGGUACUCGGCAAAACGCGCGUCGGGAAAUUUAGAGCAGUGGGUGGCAGAGGUUGAUAGGGAACGAUGCUGUAGCUUUUUACUCUCCUAGAUUAGCCAGCUUGCUAUUGUUUUUACCUACUGUAUUUAGAAUGGAUAUGUAGUUAGUCAGUUUCGGCUAAACUUCUAGCAUUAGGGGAAAGGGUAUUGACACUACUUUGGCACUGGGUGAUGGGAGUUGGAGACAUAUCUAUUCAAUUUUCACUAUUUGGUUGUUUGCACUUUAGACCACUUUAUUAUUAUCAUCCCCUCAUGCCGUAGGUACUAUAACUACUUUAGUACUUUCUAGCGCUAACAUCCCUUCCCCCCUUCUACUGAGCAUGUUUAUGCAGCAAUUUUAGUUAAGUUUUAUUAAAAGUUAUGUUUUAAUAUAUAUUAGUCCAUAAGGUUUGCUCCAAACUAAAGGUUCGAUCUGGAAUUCUCUAGACCUAUGUAUCUGUGACCUAACCUUCUUUGUUCACUUUUGUAUUUCUGUUUAUAUAGUGAUUGCAUACCAACUUUUGGCUUAGGGGGGUUGUGGUAAGAGGGGGGUGGGCAUAGAGAGCAAGCUGAGCUGUCAGCUCGUGAACGCGCACAUGCGUGGUAGAGUGCUCAGCGUUCAUUCAUAGGGCAGCAUUUAAUGCUGCUCUAUGAAGAACCCAAUUGGCGCAGCGCGAAGUCGCGCAUGUGCACCAGAUCGCUAUGACGCUUCUCUAAGAUUGAGCCCUGCUAUUUCCUCAUUUUGACGAAAAAGGGGGCGCGGCCUGCCAAGGAUCUAGGCGCUGAAACGGAGGUAAGAUUAUAUGAUAAAAAGCACUCAGAUUUUUUUAAUGACAAACUAAUAUAAAAGCAAGAAAGAAGGCUAGGGGACCUGUCUUUCUUGCUUUUAUAUGCUGACUAUAGUGGUCCUUUAAUAUGCAAGAUUUGCCUGUUAUAUCUUUAUCAUUAUUUUUUUUAACAUUACAAUAUUCAAUUGUGUUCUUGCCCUGUUAAAUCUUAUGUUAUCUCCUUUUCUUUGUGAUUUAUGAUGUCCCGAAGAAAAUGUGAUCUAUAUUGCUGUAAUAAGAUAGGCUACAUGAAAUACAGAAUUCAUCUUUAUUUUCAAAUGUAAUCACAUAGCUGUUGCAUUUGUACUGUUCAGUCUUAAAAUGUUAAAAUAUUUUUUUUGUUCGUUUAGCAUCUGGAGUUUCUAAGAGUGGCUUGCCAGGGUCAUACCCUAAAACACCAGAGGAGAGAGCAGCUGCAGCCAAGAAAUACAACAUGAGAGUUGAGGACUAUGAACCUUAUCCAGACGAUGGCAUGGGGUGAGAUAUUUACUCAGCUAAUUUCCCCCAUGUGGCGGUAUACCCUCGAGUAGUUGGGUUGCUACCGUUUAGGUUGUCCCUUACCAGUGGGUAUAGUUCCAGAGUGAUUAUGCUCUCCUGCAAGAAGUACCGCUGGUUCACCCAAAUACUAGCCCAGACUUAGUGAAGGGUGAAAAACUAAUUUUAUUAAACAAAGCACACAGAUUGAUACCCAGACCCCCAGUCUGGGGUUCCAUUCAUUGUGACAUAAGCCCGCCCAGGCGCCUCUGUCUCUGGGAGAUAAUUGAGUCAGCUCUCUGUUAAACUCAUUAUCUCCCGGAUACAGAGAGCUUAACACAGAAAACACACCCCCAAAACACACACAAUAUAGUCACCCGCACAUUAUUUAUAAUUAAUGGGAUUCUCCAGUGCCAGGAAAACAAACCCGUUUGCCUGGCACUAGAGGAUCCUGGAGUGCCCCCCUCCCUACCUGCCCCAUCCUACAUCGCUGAAGGGGUUAAAACCCCUUUAGACACUUACCUGAAUCCAGCGCCAAUGUCCCUUGGCGCUGGGUCAGGCUCCGCCGGCGGGGAAGAACUAAUGCGCGUGAAUUCCAGCGUUUUUUGGUUUUAGAUUAGGACAGAAUCUAUGCAAAUAAUUCAUAAGUGUUUUACAUAGUUAAAUAGAUACAUAGCUGAAAAGAGACUUGCGUCCAUCAAUUUCAGAUAUGUUUACAUAUGUUUUUGCUGUUGAUCCAAAAGAAGGCAAAAAACCCAGUCUGAAGCGCUUCCAAUUUUGCAACAAACUAGGAGAAAAUUCCUUCUUGACCACAAAAUAGCAGUCAGAUGUCUCCUUGAAUCAAGCAGAUAUUACCACACUAAUUAGAAAUUAUAUCCCUGUAUGUUAUGUUUUUACAAGUAUUUUUCCAAUUGUUGCUUAAACAUCUAUAUGGACUCUGAUAAAACAACCUUUUCAGGCUGAGAAUUCCACAUCCUUAUAGUUCUUACUAUAAAAAAAUAUUUUGCUUGCCUUAGAUUAAAUUUCCUUUCUUCCAGCCUAAAUGCGUGACGUUGUGUCCUAUGUAUAGCCCUGUUUAUGAAUAGAUUUUCAUAUAAUGGUUUGUACUGGCCCCGAAUAUAUUUGUAUAAUAUCAUUUUAACUGAUCUCAUUAAUUGGUUUAUUGAGCAAACUAUGUGAGCACAGAGGAGAAUAGCCAGAUGUGUUUAAACUUUAAACAUGGCAACAGUUACUGAAUUACAAGUGGAUUUCACAUUUUUAGGGUAAGUAAGAGCAUUGAAAACAUGUUAUUUCCAUAAAUUGGCCAGUUUUUAUCUAAAGCUUAUAAUUCAAUUUGAAUUUUUUUUUAUUUUUUUUUAAUAAUUCUUUAUUUUUGUGGGUAUGCAGGAGUUAAACACGUUUUACAUCAUGUGCUGAAAGAAGUAACAUUUACAAAAUACAUUUGAGGUAAACAUCAUAUAACAAAUAUAAUUGCACAGGUACUAUGCCACCCGAUUUUUAUUAGGUUGAACACUGCUUUACUCCCUCAUCCCUCAAGACAUGCGAUAUCACGGAGGGGCUGGUAGGAAGCGUUAUGUGCCCUGCUUAGGAAUGUUGGGGCUCUAGCCUUAACUUAGGCACGUGUACAAGAGGGUAGGGGAGCGUGGUUAUUAUGGCCAUCGGUCGUUUAAAGGUUUGGUGUGGGCCCUCACUUAACAAACGGAGUGCUUUGCAAUUCACCUCUCCCCUGGUGGGGGGCCUAGAAGUAGAGAUUUGGGUCCCUGCACGUGCUUUGUGUUAAGGGGUGGGGGUAACUCGGCUUAACCAGAAUUGUUGGUCGUCUGCUAGCGGAGCCAGAGUCGUGAGUGUGUCUAAUACUCUGUAACAUUUAUAAACUGAAAAACCUAAAAGAUUAAAAAAAAAGAACAAAACCAAAUGGCAAAAUACUUAUAAAGUAAGUAUAAAGACCAGGUAGAUAUCGCAUAUAUAAAGUGUCCAGUAUCUAGUCCUUUAGUAUGGGACUUAUAGGACAGUGUAAAGGUGCACUUGCAUGUGCGGUUGCUUUUCUCAUGUUAACGAAUCCGUCGUCCUUGGCACUGUUCCUCUGGGCACAAAAGGGGUUAUUUCGUUGAUGUUCCAAGAUGGGCUGGCCCCUGUUGCUGCUGCAGGUAACGAGAGUCCCAGUGACUGGAGAAACUUAGGCGACUCGGAUAUGUGUGUCGGGUGGACCGUCUUGCCAGCGUGAUCUCUUGUUAAGCGAUGAGGGCCCCAUUUAUAGGGAAUAGAGUUCUCCCGCAGUAGCAAGGUGAUGUGGCGUAGGGAUCUGCGCCAGGUAAGAGUGUGCCUUGAGAAGUCUCUGUAAAGAGUCAGUCUUGCUCCCUCAAAUGUGACCGUAGGAGAGCCUCUCGCGGCUCCCAUGAGAGCCCCCCGGUCUGAGUCCCGGACAAAUUUAAUCAUCACGUCUCUUGAUGCCUCCUGGGGAGCCUUGAGUGCUUUAGGGAGGCGAAAGCAGGUGUCAAUCCCUACUUGCUUUGCUUGCUUGGGGAUCAGUAAAGUUGCUAUGAGCCACCUGCAAUAGUGCGGUAGUUCUAGGUUAACCACUGAUUCAGGAACUCCCCUGAUCCGUAGGUUUCGGGCUUUAGCUUUGUCCUCCAUUCCCGCUAGUUGGGCAGUCAGUGUUGCACAUUGCUUUUGUAAAAGUCCCAGGGCUGCGUCCGUAGUCACCUGCGCUGCCCUUGCGCCCCCGAGGGACUCCUUAACGGAGACCACGAGGCUUAAAAGUGUGGAGAUUUCCCCUCUGACGAGCGCCAUGUCGGCGUCAAACAUCGCCUUGAUAUUCAGUAUCAGUGCCUUUGUCGGCUUUUGUGGGAGCUGCUGCGUCGCCUAGCUCUUUAGGCUGCUGGGAUGUAGCAUGUACCUUGCUAGGAGCGUGGAAGGAGUCUGGCAUACUGUCAUCGUCUGAUGAUUGUGAGUCGUAGGCCUCUGUCGGCGCCAUCUUCCCGGACUCUUGCCGCUGUGCCGGGCGCAUAAAAGUGCCAAUAUCUUUUGACCUCGAGCCAGGAUCUGCUCUGCUCUUCUUUUUUUUUUUUCAUAGUGUAGGGUGUUCUGGGGUUCUGUUUGUCAGGUCCGAAUGGUUAAUUUUGUCGCUAGGAUAUCCGUUUUAUCGGGUCUCAAGCUCGGAGCUGUGGUGAGUUGCGACUUGCUCGCUUAGGCGCUGGCUCCGCCCCCUCAAUUUGAAUUCUUGACAAUUCAAACCUUUUAAAUGGUUGGGCUACAGCAACAGAAGUGCUGUGAGAAGUUCCACUUUUGUCUGCUAGAAAAGAUAAAGAAGGCUACAGUGGGCACUGGUUCGCCAAAAGCUGGACAGUAGAAUAAUGGAAAAAUGCCACUCGGUCUGAUAAAUCUCAAUUUCUGUUGCAACAUGCAUAUAUGUUAGAAUCAGAAUUUUGGUGUAAACAUGAAUCGAUGGUUCCAACCUGCAUUGUGUCAAGAGUUCAGGCUGGUGUAUAUUAAUAAUAUUACACAUGCUCACCAUUUUUUUUGACAAUUGUAAUGAAUCAUGGUUAAUAAUAACAUUUGCAAAUUCUGACUUGACAAGUUUCUGCUAAGUAAGUGUACACAUUUACUGGUGCAUAGCAUAUCGGUAACACUCAGAGUCUGCACAUUAUCUUGGACCUCUUUGCUCUAGUUAGUAAUCUCUCAGACUCAUCAGUGAAUAAACUACCAUGCAUAAAGUUUCCAACUACUAUAUUCUUACUUAUCCAAUAGGUUUGGUGAUUAUCCCAAGCUUCCAGAUAAAUCUCAACAAGAAAGAGACCCUUGGUAUCAGUGGGACCAUCCUGAUCUCAGGAGAAAUUGGGGAGAGCCAGUAAGUGCAGACAGUGGAUAUUAAAAUUAGCAGAACAAGAACUGUUAAAGAUAUUUGGAGAUAUUUCCAGAGAUGUGAAGCUGUAACUUUUUUUAAUGAGACAAGUUUGCAAUUAAAAAAAAAAAAAAAAAGUUAAAGUAUGAAUGGUUUUGAAGUAGUUAUUUCACCUUGGUAAAAUAAAAUUAAAAACAUGCUAUGCACCUUAUUUUCUAAACUUUGAAUUGCAGCAAAUACAAAUCUUAAUGACAACAUUUAGGCUAUCAGGAAGUGGGAAUAGAGAAAUCUUCAACUCCGCAAGGUCGUCCCCCUUUUAUGCUGUAAAUAGUGCACUCCCCUUUCUGACAGGCUUCACAGUUGUAAUGGCUACCAUUUUGUUGCAGUUUUGAACCCAGACACAAGUUAGUAUGCUCCUGUUGUGCACAUGUCAGUGUGCCCACAUAUACACCUCGCAUUCAGAGCCAGCCUUACAGGAGUCCCGGUGGGUCCGCUACUUCUGGAAACCUGAAGCAGCAGUAUGCGGCACCUUUUCUCCUUCCUCAUGGCCUUCUUCUAGUUAAAGUCCCCUAUCAUUGAUGGGAUAGUGGAGCUGGUCUGGGCACCUGCUAUAGUUAGUUAAACACACCAGCUCUCGGGACUCUGGGGGGAGGAGAGGGCGCUAUGAUAUCACAACUGUCAUUCACACCAGGAGGCAGAUUGGAAGUAUAAAAGAAAAAAUUGUAUGUUGUGAGUGUAUGUGACUGUGUAUGAGUCUUCAUGCGACUGUGUAUAAAUAUGCAGUUGUGUGAUGCUAUAUGUUAGCUAUGUGACAGUAUGUAUGUAAUUAAGUGGAGACAUACACUGGAGGGGAUUUUGGUCAAAAAGGGGGGAAGGAGGGCAGCACUAUGUCCUGGGACCCAGAAAAUACAUUGUUCUGGACUUGCUCUGCAUGCAUCCAGAGUUUUUCAUCCUCCUAGUGUUCAAUCAGAACUACACAGAAUUGAAGAUCUGUCAGAUCUAAAAGAUUAAUGUAUUUCAUUAAUCUGUAAAUUACAGUGUCAAUAAUCUAGGAACCUCAGAAAGAUUUUGCACAUGGGCACCAUAACCGGGUCAUGCAAUAAAAAAAAAAAAAAAAAUCCUUGUGCACUGGAGUUGUGCUGAGGAGAGUCCACACAUGUACAAAAUCUUUUAAGUCAACUUUUGCAUAACAUGAAUAAAUUAAUAAUGUCACAUAAUGUGACUCACAAUGGCACUCACAGUUAGUGUAAAAUCUUUAAAUGAAGUGCUUUGAGCAAAAAAAAAAAAUCUAUGCAAUGUAAAUAUAAGUGCAAGAGUAUUAAACCAACAGUGCUUGGCAUCUAUGAAUAAACUAACAUUAAAACAGCAACAACAAAAAUUGGUGUGCAAACUAUUAAGUGUAGACUUAUACACCUGGCAGAUCAGUAUAUAAGUAUACACUUAACUGGACACUUUUUUGUUGUUGUUGUUGUUAAAUUGGUAUAUCAUGCAUGGACAAUCUACGUAAUUGAAGAGACCUGUCAUUCGCACUUUACAGUUACAACAGACAUGAAAACAUUGUGCAUGCACAAGAAGGUUAAUUUGAGACUUUGUACUUGCACAUAAGUUUAAUGCCACUUACCAGACCUACUGAAAUUGAGCUAUUUGAAUUCACCUUUUAAAAUAACUGAUAAUCUGUGUUACUCUACUCUGAGCAUUGACAUUUUUUAUUUUUAUUUCUCUCUCUACCGCUUUUUAUUUCUCAACAUUAUGUUUUACAAUCCAGUUAGAAUUGAUAUUGUUUCAGCUUCAUAAUAUCACAGUUUCAUCUCACCAACCUCCCUAUUUUAUUUAUAUUUAGAUGCAUUGGAACUUUGACAUGUUCAUCAGAAAUCGUGUGGAUACAUCCCCCACGGCAGUGUCCUGGAACACAAUGUGUAAACAUCUAUUUGGGUUUAUAGGAUUCAUGCUAUUCAUGUUCUGGGUUGGAGAGAAAUUUUCCUUCUAUCCCCCUGUGGUACGUAUACUAUGGAUCCAUAUGAUAAAUAAUGUUUAUCCUCUAUAUUAUAGAGGAUUGGUGUAAUAAUGAUAGAACUGAUCAAUAUCUUAUUUUACCACUACAUCUCCUCCAUCUUUAAUAUCCUUGAAAACUGUUGUUUGCUAAAGUAGCAUGCUGAAGACUUAGUAAUCUAGAUCUCUACAUAUCUGUUGAUUUGUAUGAAGUGGGAUUAAGAGGAAGAUCAAUCAGUUUCUGUAAAAGAAAAAAUUAUCAGUUACUGGGAAGAAGCAAAGAAGUAAUAGUUCAGCACAUCAUUUUGCAGCAAUACCUUAUUUUCAGUGCUUAGGGAAAGACAACAUCAUGACUGGAGGCAGAAACGUUGUCUUUCCCUAUGCACUGAAAAUAAAGGAUUGCUGAUUGCAAAAAGGUGUGCUGAACUAUUGACUUGUGCCAUACAUGAGAAUACAGAUCCUAAGGUUACCUGCACCCUUCCAAAAGGUAUAUUUAUUAAAUAUCAAUGACAAUUGACUGUAACUUAUAUCAAAGAAACACUUCAAGCACUAAACCCCACUGUAUUGUUUAUGGUGCCAGGAGUUCUCUGGUGCUGGGCCACAGUAAGUAGUAAAACUGAGUAUGGUUUAACAACUUACCCCGGUUGCCCGCACCACAUUCGAUUUUUAUCUUGAGAGAAAAGCUAGGUGUCUAUAGAAUAAACCACUAAAAACCAAACCAAUCAAAGACCACACUAAUCGGCUGAAAGCUGACACUGUAAUGCAAUGGCUGCAGUCCUGCAUGGCCCUGCUUAGUUUUGUGCAGAAAAAGAUUUCUCCUGGAGGUGCCAGCUAGGACCUAGGUAAGUUGUUGAACUUUACAUAAAAGUGGUUCAACUUCUUACCUUGGGACAGGGCAGUCCUGGCACCAAAACCACUACAGCGGGCUGUAAUGUUUAUGCUGCGUGAAGUGUUUCUUUAAACUUUUUUUGCAUCAGAUGCUCCAUUUAUUUUAUUUUUAUUUUUGUCUAAAUUUAUAUUAAGGAUUUAGCAAAUUAAGAACAUAAUGCAGUUCAGUCAUGACAAAGCAAGGGUAAGCGUUCUCUGUAUGCUUUGUCUAUGCUACCUGUUGGGUGCAAAGGACAGAACUUGAUGAUAAACAGAUUUUAUUUUUUACAUUUGACAAAUAUUUCUAAAUAUAUGGGUAAGCAAGCAUAAUAGUAAAGAUUCUGGGAAGUGGUAGUUCCCUUUUGAUAUAUGAUUAUAUAUUUUGGGUAAUACUGCCAAAAAAAAUGACAGGAAAUUCCUUUUGUAUCAUGACAUUCUUUCUUUUUCCAGGCUCCUAAACAGUAUCCAUACAAUAACCUGUACUUGGAGAGAGGAGGUGAUCCAUCUAAAGAGCCUGAAGAAGUAAAAAAUUACGAGGUUUAAUUGUUUCAAUGGGUGUUGCCUGUGUUGGGCACUGUACAGAUUGUUCUUUAUUCAAUAAAGAGGACCUUAUCGAAUAUUUAUAAUAUCCAGCAACAAUGUCUUUAUUUACUUAAUUAAGUGAACUUUUUAUAUAUAUACAUAUAUAUAUUUGUUUCUUUA